UACCAGGUUUCCUUAACGUUUCCUUUUGUUACCAUUAGUUCUUUCACAAUUUAGCAUUACAAUUUGCUUUAAGUUUAUAUAUUGAUUAAUAACGGUUAUCCAUAUUUAAGAGCACAAUCGGAGCCUAAAUCAACUACAUUAAUGUCAGGCCAAGGUGAAUCAACUUUAUCUCCUCACGAGGAAGACUGGUCUAUAAUCUCUUCUUGUUCUGACAAUGAAGAUGAUCCCUCAACUGCUGGGUUUCCUGACCAAGAUUUAGAUUAUUCCUUAUCAUUGAGUGACAGAAUCAAGACCAAUCACGUUAGCGAUUCGGUUUCUAAUUCCAUACUACAAGUUCCAGAACUUAUCACUUCAACGGAGCUGUCAAAAGCUACUGUUAAGAUAAAUGAGAGUGAAAUUCAUGACUAUGUCGAGUCAAGAGAAGACGACGAUGCUGCUGUUGCUACUGAUGCUGAAAUUGUCGAAGAUGACGAAUCUCAGUUUACUCCCUCCAGUAGUUCGGACAUCAAAUCCCAAAUUAGUAUUGGUUCUGACCAGUACAUCAAUGUUGCCCCAAAAAUAAAUUUCUAUGAAAAUUUAAGCAAAUUUAACGAUUCAAUUAAACAAAAGUCGAAUGAAUUUUAUUCCAAUUAUGCCAAAGUCAAGAUGGAUCAAUUAAAUAAUUACCUAGCAGAUCAACACCCCGAGGAAAUACACGAAGGUGAAAUUGAUCCAACCUUGAACCAGAGUGAAUUGAAGAUUGAGGCCGAAGAUUCACCUGGAUUUGAAUCGAGCGCAGUGUCCACUCCUUCUUCGACUCCAGUAGCACCACCUACAAUUGUCUUACCUUAUUGGAAACGUUGCUUGCUUAGAGGAAUAGAUUAUGUUAAGGAUGUUUUGGACUGUAACUCGGAUUAUCUUUAUUACUACUUUGUUGGAAUAACUAUUGGGAUUUUUUCACUUGGUUUUGGAGUACGUUAUCUCUGGCCAGCUCCUGUAAUUGAUCAUCCAAUGACCACCAUGGAAAAAGUUAACCAGUUUUGGGAUAGUAUAAUAUAUGAAGAAGAAGUUAUACCAGGAAAUAUCUUCCUGUUUUCUAAAAAGAAGCAAAAGAUUAAUAAAUGGGUUAAAUAUAGUCUGGAGUUUGAAAUUAGUGUUUUCGAUGCCACUGAUAAGAUUUUUAAGAAUGUUUGGGACAAGAAAUCUUUUAGAGAAUUCUCUAUUCGGAUGAAUGAAUUUUAUAUUUCUACUAAUCAUACAUUAUAUCCUCUUGUGGCAAAAGCUUGGGAAAAUGCUAAAGUUAUGAGACAAGAGGCUAGAGAUAAUUUAGAAGAAUGGGGCAAAGUUGGAUUUGAGAAUUUAGAUAAAUAUAGCAGAAUAGGUAUCGGGAAUUUGGAUAAAUAUGGUAGGUUAGGUUGGAUUAAAUUUAGAGAAAAUGGAAAUAACUAUAUGGAAUUGGUUAAAGAAUAUGGAAUAAAGGGCUGGGUAAGAGCUGAUGAAUACAGUGCUAUUGGGUACAAAUAUGUUGUGCGUGGUACUGAGAGAUUGUUGACACAUUCUGCACGUGCAUCGAAUAAACUUGUGGUCUUUAUGGAAUCUUUUGUGUCUAGUGGUGCAGAAAUAGGAGGUAAUUAUGUGGAAAAGACACGGAAGGCGGUUAAAGCAUUGUUGGAUUCGGAUGCCAAUACUAGAUUGAAGAAUUCGGUGGGGAAUGAACUAAACUUGGUGAUGGCUGAAGGCAAACAAGCAGCUAGAUUGGUGCGGAAACAGUCAGAAUUACUAUUUAAUGAAUUAUUUGGCAAGAAUUGAGCGGAACAUGUAAUAAAGGUACUUACCUCUUUCAUCGGAAGUUUUUUGGUUUUUGUUUGAUGUUUGUUGAUUAUUUCUUUUAUUAUGUGUUUGGAUGGAACUAUGGAUGAAGCUUAGAUAUGUGGUAAAUACUAUCUCUGUAUAUAAGUGAUUGCAAUUUUGAAACUGGAAGAUUAUAAAAUGACUG